CUCAAGCAGGUUGUACCUUUUUUAUUUUCAUUAUAGAGACUUUGAACCAAUAAUUUAUUUUCCUCAGGUUGUACUUUUGGUAAAAUGGGGAUUCGAUGGCAGCAGCGGACAUGCGGAAUACAAACAAAAAUUUGAGAAUGACGACGGAGAAUCUAGUGAUUCAAAUAUGUUUAUUACUUCCUUAGUUCCUAUUAAGGCAGAUGUAAACGGAAAAGUUUUGUUCCAAAAUCCCCGACCAUCAUCAACCCGAUUCUGUAGACCUGUGAGGAUUCAGCUCGUGAGUGAAACUACGGAAGUAUCAAUCAACGAGAAGAAACAUAUAGAGAAUCAGAUUGACCAGCUUGUUCCAACAGUAAUUACGGUAGAAGGCCGUACCAUUAUUGUGCGCUAUGAGAUGGUUUUGACAAUGGUAGACGGAAAGGUCUGCAAUGCUGUUACGGGCAACAAAUCGUCACAAACUUGCUAUAUUUGUAAUGCAACCCCGAAAUUGAUGAACAAUCUUGAUUCAGUAACUGAACGCGUGGAGAACAGCGAUGCUUUCCAGUUUGGGCUUUCAACUUUGCAUGCCUGGAUCCGCUUUAUGGAAUACUUUCUUCACUUGUCUUACCGACUUGAAAUUAAAAAAUGGCAGGUAAGAGGACAGAAUGUUCAAGCCAUGAAGAUUAGAAAGAAUCAAAUCCAAAAACGGUUCAAAGUGGAAACUGGCCUGAUUGUUGACAAGCCUAAGCCUGGAGGAUCUGGAACGUCCAACGACGGCAAUACUGCCCGACGUUUCUUUUCCGAUCCCAAGAAAACAGCUGCAAUAACUGGACUGGAUGUGACAGCACUGGAACGAUGUGGUACCAUAUUACAGGUAUUAGCGUCAGGGCACAAAAUCAACACGGAACGGUUUUCUAGUUAUUGCAUUGAAACAGCAAAGUAUCUAGUGGACCUAUACCCCUGGUACUACAUGCCAGCUUCAGUGCAUAAAAUCCUGAUUCAUGGUGCCCAGGUCAUCAAUCAUUUCACGGUUCCUAUCGGACAGCUUUCCGAAGAAGCACAGGAAUCGAGGAAUAAAGACCUCAAACGAUACCGCCGAGACCACACUAGAAAAUGUUCCAGAACGAUCUUGAAUCUUGAUUUGAUUCGCCGUUUGCUAGUGUCUUCAGAUCCACUAAUCUCAAGCAUGCGGAAAAGCCCCAAAAAGGAGACAAAAAAUUUGUCUCAAGACGCAAAGUUCUUGUUGAGCUUAGAUGAUGGAGAAGAAAUGGAUUCGGAGGAUGAACAUGAUGUUUCAGAUGAUUUUGAAGUUUAAUUUGUUUAUCAGAAAUUUUUAAUUGUUACUUUGGUUUUAUGUUUGGAUUAGUUUAACA